AUGGGCAAGCUCACUAGCACGAUCGGUAUCCCGAUCAAGCUCCUGAACGAAGCGCAGGGCCACGUCGUGACCCUCGAGAUCACAUCUGGUGUUGUCUACCGGGGGAAGCUGCUGGAAGCCGAGGACAACAUGAACGUGCAACUCAAGGAUAUCACCGUCACAGCUCGCGAUGGCCGUGUCUCUCAUCUCGACCAGGUCUAUAUUCGGGGUAGCCACGUGCGGUUCUUCAUCGUGCCGGACAUGCUGAGGAACGCCCCCAUGUUCCGUUCACGAGGCCAGCGCGGCCGUGGUGUCGGUCUCGCCCGUGGUAAGGCUACCGUGCAGCGUGCGCGUGGCCAGCGGAGAGGUUGA